AUGUCAUCUCGACCAGAUCUCAAGGUGGACGACGAAGUCGGCUUCAUCCGCUUCUACCGCUCCAUUUCCUCCUCCUCUGACAACGACAACAACAAUGAGACCAUUCGAGUUUUUGACCGCGGAGACUGGUACUCCGCCCACGGCGCCGAAGCCGAAUUCAUCGCUCGCACCGUUUACAAAACCACCUCUGUGAUCCGCAACCUCGGCCGCAGCGACACAGGCGGCCUGCCUUCCGUGACGAUGAGCGUGACUGUAUUCCGCAAUUUCCUGCGCGAGGCGCUAUUUCGACUCAAUCGGCGAGUGGAGAUCUGGGGCUCUGCGAGCGGGCGCGGCGGACAGUGGAAGCUCAUUAAGCAGGCUAGUCCCGGUAACUUGCAGGAUGUGGAAGAGGAAUUGGGGAGUGUGGGUGGAUUGAAUAUUGAGGCCGGGGCACCGAUCAUUCUGGCUGUGAAGAUAUCCGCGAAGGCCGGGGAGGCGAGGAGCGUGGGGGUUUGCUUUGCGGAUGCGAGUGUUAGGGAGCUUGGUGUGAGUGAGUUCUUGGAUAAUGAUGUCUAUUCGAAUCUGGAGUCGUUGGUAAUUCAGCUGGGAGUGAAGGAGUGUCUUGUGCAAAUGGACGCCGGGAGGAAGGAUGUGGAGCUGGGGAAGGUGAGGAAUAUUAUGGACAGUUGUGGGAUUGCAGUGUCAGAGAGGCAGAGUGGUGACUUUGGGGUCAGGGAUAUUGAGCAGGAUUUGACGAGGUUGUUGAGGGAUGAGAGGUCUGCGGGGACGCUGCCGCAGACUGAGCUGAAGUUGGCAAUGGGUUCCGCGGCGGCGCUGAUCAAGUACCUCGGCGUUAUGACGGAUCCAUCCAACUUUGGCCAGUAUCGUCUGUAUCAGCAUGAUCUGUCGCAGUUCAUGAAGCUGGAUUCGUCGGCGCUGAGGGCGUUGAAUCUCAUGCCGGGUCCGCGGGACGGAUCUAAGUCGAUGAGUCUGUUCGGGUUGCUGAAUCAUUGUAAGACGCCGGUAGGAAGCAGGUUGCUGGCGCAGUGGUUGAAGCAGCCGUUGAUGGAUAAGGAUGAGAUUGAGAAGAGACAGCAGCUGGUGGAGUCGUUUGUGAUGGACACGGAGCUUCGGCAGACGAUGCAGGAGGAGCAUCUGCGCUCGAUCCCGGAUUUAUAUCGCUUGGCGAAGCGGUUCCAGAGAAAGCAGGCGACGUUGGAGGAUGUCGUGCGUGUGUAUCAAGUCGCCAUUCGCCUGCCGGGCUUUGUUGCAUCGCUGGAGAAUGUGAUGGAUGAGCAGUAUCAGACGCCUCUGGAAGCGGAGUAUACGUCUAAGCUGCGCAGCCAUUCGGAUAACCUGGCGAAGCUGGAGGAGAUGGUUGAGACGACGGUGGACUUGGAUGCGUUGGAGAACCACGAGUUCAUUAUCAAGCCGGAGUUCGAUGAGAGCUUGCGCAUCAUUCGCAAGAAGUUGGAUAAGCUGCGUCACGAUAUGGACUCGGAACACCGUCGCGUGGGCCGGGAUCUGGACCAAGAAGUGGACAAGAAGCUGUUUCUGGAGAACCAUCGUGUGCAUGGCUGGUGCUUCCGACUGACUCGCAACGAGGCAGGCUGUAUCCGCAACAAGAGAGAGUACCAGGAGUGCUCCACCCAGAAGAACGGUGUCUACUUUACGACUUCGACAAUGCAAGCGCUCCGUCGUGAGCACGAUCAGCUGUCUUCCAACUACAAUCGCACCCAGACUGGUCUGGUCAGCGAGGUCGUUGGUGUAGCUGCUUCCUACUGCCCUGUCCUGGAGCAGCUUGCUGGCGUUCUAGCUCAUCUCGAUGUUAUUGUGAGCUUCGCGCAUUGUGCGGUACACGCCCCUACGCCCUAUGUCCGCCCCAGAAUUCACCCGCGCGGUACUGGAAACACGAUUCUGAAGGAAGCGCGGCAUCCCUGCAUGGAAAUGCAGGAUGAUAUUUCAUUCAUCACCAACGAUGUGUCGCUCAUACGUGAUGAGUCAUCCUUCCUCAUUAUUACCGGUCCCAACAUGGGUGGUAAAUCGACCUAUAUCCGACAGAUUGGCGUUAUUGCGCUGAUGGCUCAGACGGGCUGUUUCGUGCCCUGCUCCGAGGCGGAGCUGACUAUAUUCGACUGUAUCCUUGCUCGUGUUGGUGCGAGUGACUCGCAGCUCAAGGGUGUGUCGACUUUCAUGGCCGAGAUGCUUGAAACCUCAAACAUCCUCAAGUCUGCGACUUCGGAGUCCUUGAUCAUCAUCGAUGAACUUGGUCGCGGAACUAGUACAUACGAUGGAUUCGGCCUUGCAUGGGCUAUUUCAGAGCACAUCGUCACUGAGAUUCGCUGUUUCGGCCUGUUUGCAACCCACUUCCACGAAUUGACGGCCCUGGCCGAUCGCUACCCCAAGUCGGCCAAGAACCUACAUGUAGUGGCUUUUAUUGGUGAUGGCACAGGUGAUGAGGAGAGCAAAGACUCGAAGCGGGACCAGGUCACGCUACUGUACCGCGUCGAACCGGGCAUCUGUGACCAGUCAUUCGGUAUUCACGUCGCUGAAUUGGUCCGCUUCCCGGAGAAGGUGGUCAACAUGGCGCGACAGAAGGCAGACGAGCUCGAGGACUUCACUUCCUCUGGAGCACAGGGACAAGAGUCCAACAUGACACUUGACAAGUACUCCCAGGAAGAAGUUGAGGAGGGAAGUGCUCUCCUCAAGGACAUGUUGCUGAAGUGGAAGGAAGCAAUUGAGGCACCCGGCAAGGACCUGACGGUUGAAGAAAAGCGCCAAAUCAUGCGUGACCUUGUCAACAGUGAUCCAAAGUUACAAGCGAACAAGGUGUUCCAGGGCAUUAAGGCUCUGUAG